AUGGCGUCCCUCAUGACCAAAAGCAACCCACCAAAGGACGGCAUAAAGAUCAUCCACGCAGGUCUUUACCGUACCGGAACUGCUUCCAUGGCUGCAGCAUACCGUAUUCUUGGCUACAAAGCCCAUCACGCUUUACACAACGAAUGGCACGAACCGUGGACGAAACUCGAGCAAGCAGCAGAAGCUACCUUUCCUCACCUCAGCUAUCUUUCUGAUUAUACUCAUAAAGGUCCUCGCCCACCGUUUGUUAGAGAAGAUUGGCAGAAUUUAUGGGGUGGUUAUGAUGUCGCCACUGACAUAGCGUCGACUUUUACCUUGGAGCUCAUCAAGGCGUAUCCCGAUGCAAAGGUUGUUAUUGUUCAGCGUAAAUUUGAAGAUUGGUGGCCUUCGUUUCACUCUGAGAUACUGGUCUCUGUAUUCGAGGCAACUUGGCUUAAGAAGUUCUUGACGUGGUAUGUUUUGCGUUUUCGGGCUUUACAUGCCAUGAGAAAGAUUCUUGCUGGCUUUUUCUCUGUGAAUGAGUACUCAGUGGAGGCCAUUACGCCCGAUAUUGCAAGAAGGACGUAUGAGGAAUUUUAUAGCAAGGUUCGGGAAGCUGUGCCAAAGGAGAGACGGUUGGAGUAUUCGCUUGGGGAUGGUUGGGAACCGCUUUGUGAGUUCCUGGGAAAGGAUAUUCCGGAUGUUGAGUUUCCAAGAGUUAAUGAUCGGAAGACUCAUAGCGAGGACAUGGAGCGGCUUAUGGCGAAGCUUAUAAAGGUUUCGAUGGGGGUUCUUGGGCCAUAUCUCGUUGCGGUCCUUGCCGUUGCUGUAGUGUUUUAUAAUUGGUAA